AUGGAGCCGCCUUCGAAGAAACCGCGCAAGCUCAUGGAGGACAGCGACUCCGAUAGCGACUCCGACAGCCAAGGAGGAGUCUCCGUGGCUCCCGGUGCGGACUUCAAAAUCAAUGAAGAAUACGCUCGUCGAUUUGAGUAUAACAAGAAGAGGGAAGAACGGCAACAGUUGGAAGCAAAAUUGGGCAAAAGUUCAACGUCUCGCAAACCAGCCAACGGCGACGAAGCGUCCGACGAAGAAGACAGUUCCGAUGAGGAAGAUGAAGACGAAGACGGAGAACUCGCUACUGAAGCGCUCGAUUCGGAAAUUUUUGCAACGCUGAACGCCAUUCGAACCAAAGACCCUCGCGUGUACGAUAAGGACGUCAAGUUCUAUUCAGAAGUGACAGAAUCUGAGAUCCCCGGUGCUCAAGAAAAGAAAACGGAGAAGCCAAUGUACCUUCGCGAUUAUCAUAGACAGAAUCUGUUGAAUGGCGAUGCUGCAGAAGAAGCUGAUGAUACCCCGAAAACAUUCGCGCAGGAGCAGGCGGAUCUCAAGAAAAAUGUCCUCAAGGAAAUGGAGGAGGCUGCCAACGAGGCAAGUUCGGAUGAAGAGGAUGGCGAUUUCUUGGUUGCCAAAUCCAAACCGGACAAUGGGGGAGCCACUCACAAAAAGCCGGAGGUCGAGGUUGAUGUUGAGAAUGCUGAUAAAGAUCCCGAAACAUUCUUGUCGAAUUUUCUUUCUGCUAGGGCCUGGAUACCGACGAAGGUCUCCCAAUUCCAGCCUUUCGAAUCAGAUGAUGAGGAAGAGGAGAAGAGAGCAGAGGAACUUGAGGAAGCAUACAACUUCCGAUUUGAGGAUCCCAACAAACUCAAUGAGAAGCUCAUGACACAUGCUCGUGACACCGCAAAUCAAUUCUCUGUUCGUCGAGAUGAAACUAGUAGCCGCAAGAAGAAGCGAGAUGCGGAACGUGAAAAGAAAGAAGCCGAGCGCCGGGAAAGAGAAAAUCAGAAGAACCGACUGCGCAAAUUGAAAAUGGAAGAAUUAGAAGAGAAAGUCGCCAAGAUCAAACAGGCUGCAGGACUCAAGGUGGCUGACUUUACGGAGGAAGAAUGGGCACAAUUUCUUGAUGACAACUGGGACGAUGAGAAGUGGGAGAAGGAGAUGGCCAAGCGUUUUGGCGAGGAUUACUAUGCCGAGGAUGACGCUGAAAUAGAUGAAGUCGAAGAUGAAUCUUCGGAGAAGAAAAAGCGAAAACCCAAGAAGCCUACAUGGGACGACGACAUUGAUAUCAAAGACCUUGUACCUGACUUUGAGGAUGAAGAAGCUGUGCCUGGUAUCAGCCUUAUCGAUGACGAAGAAGGAGAAGAAGAGGUCGAUGCCGAGGACGGUGAGGAGAGCGGACGUGCCAAAAAGAAGAGUCGUACCCAAGAAAAGCACGACGCAAAGCGAGCAGCCCGUAAAGAGAAAAGGCGUAUUGAAGAAGCGGUGGAGCGCAACCUGGACCUUGAUCCAACUCUACUACCGGGAGCAACCAGGAAGAACGCAUCUCAAUUUCGCUACCGAGAGACAUCCCCUCAAAGUUUUGGUCUUACUUCUCGCGACAUUCUCAUGGCUGAUGACUCCCAGCUGAAUCAAUUCGUUGGAUUGAAGAAGCUUGCAGCAUUCCGUGACCCUGAGCGAAAACGUCGCGACCUAAAGAAGAUGGGCAAGAAAGCCCGCCUUCGUCAAUGGCGAAAGGACACUUUUGGCACUGAAGAAGAGCCGGAGUUUGUGCUUCCACAGGCGCCUGCUGUUGAGGAGGAGAAUGAUGAUGAUGAGAUGAAGGUUGAUAUCCGCGAGGGCGGAUCUCGCAAGAAGAGAAAGAGGUCAAAGAAGCAUUAA